AUGGCCUUCUCUGCGUCGCAGACGUCUACGGCUGCGUUCUCUAUCCAGUACCGGUAUCAGCUUUUGGAAGAUUCGACUAGACAGAUCCGCCUGUUGCGCCCUGACACCUCUGGUGACUUGCUAAGUUUUCAUCUCUACGACUUUGAAUUAUCCGCAGCACCGUCUUACUAUGCCUUGUCAUACACUUGGGGGAAACCAGCUCCGAUGUACGAUAUCCUUCUAGGUGGUAGGCGCUUUUCAGUUCGACGUAAUCUGCUGCAGUUUCUUCAUAUCUUCGCAAAGCGUCAUCCUCAUGACUACAUUUGGAUUGAUCAGGUAUGUAUCGAUCAGGAGAAUGUAGCAGAACGCAACCGCCAAGUGCAGAUAAUGGGGAACAUCUACAAGACAGCGGCGAAGGUCUUGAUCUGGUUGGGUGAGGCCGACAUGGCCCACGCGACGAACUCCGAUGUUGCUGAGCGUGAAGAUGACUCUGGACCAUGGGAUGUUUCUCAGCUCGAAGCCACGUACUCUGCGGAAUACUGGACACGUCUUUGGAUUGUACAAGAAGUGCUUUCUGCAAAUAGCAUCAUGAUUUUUCAUGGAAACAAGAGUAUAGAGUGGAGCCAAUACACAAAUCUCAUGAACAGGUCCCACGCCCCGCAGCCCUUGUUGGCCCUGGACUCAAUAGCUCUGCGUAAUAUCUCCACGCCAAUUCUUCCUGAGAUUGCUCUAUUUUCAUGGAAAGAUUCCAUGUGCCAAGAUCCUCGGGAUCACAUCUAUGCACUCCAGGGUCUCUUCACCGAGCAGUGCAGGAUUGAAGUCGACUAUGUCAAACCUAUCCGAGACGUUUAUCUCGACGCAGCAUUGAUGAUACUUCGCACAAGUACGUCUAAAUCACAUGUUGUUGCGACAACUUUGGCCGGGCUUGCAGAGGUCAUGGGACUGGUUUUUCCCGAUAAUAGGUGGCUAAAGAGGGACGAAACUUUUAAAAGAGUGGUGAAGAGGUUCAGGCUGGCGACAAGCUCUUCACUCACUGAGCAGGAACGUCUGAAUACGGCGAGGAACAUGCUGGUGAUGAUGUUGAUAACAUAUCAUUGGGUCAGCUCUGAGUCAAGAUCGGGGAACAACUAAUUGUAACAUCUGGACGGGAAGUAUUUCAAGGUAGGAGAAGAAGAAGAAGAAGGAAUUGAAAAAUCAUGUUACACAUGAGAUUGCGAGUCUUUCUCAAAAGCUUAUGAAAGGAGGAAAGAAAACGAGCCG